UCCGUGAGAUUUUUCCUGCCUGUCGUCGCUGACGAUGGAAUGCGCGAACGAGCAUCUACGAGCCUAGUAAAGGACGACGUGACUUCGUAGUGUGUGUGUGUGUGUGCAGCACACAUAGACGACCAGUGGUAGCAGGAAAAAAACGGUUUGUAAGGUGCAGCCGAGGCGAACGGGCUUGCAUGCAUAUAACGCGAGUGUAUGCGUGCAAUGCUGUUGGCGUGCAUGUAAGAAGGUCCAUCUGUUUCGCCGUUGAGAGGAUGCGUCCUGUGAUUAUAUCGCUGACUAGACUCGAGAUUUCAACGUAAAUUAAGAAUUGCCAUGGAUUGUCAAUAAGAAGAAAAAAAACCUUUUCUCCGGUUGAAUAAAUCUGUGGGAUAUUUUUCCUGAAAGAAGUACACCGUGGUUAGUGUACAGAAGGCAGCUCCAGUAGCUUACUGUAGAGCUUCAGUGAGUGACACGUAUUCACUGGAGGAAAAUGUAUAAAGACAAAAUGAUACAAUAUGCAGACAUAGGUGGCCAAUAUGGAGCAAUUGAGUAUAACAGACUGAUGUGUAUCUCGCUUAGUUGAUGCACGGGAUGCUGUCUUAGACUUCUGUCUAGCACUUUAACUGCAUAUCCUUAGUCCCGCUCUGUCAGAGCGUAUUGUCCGCAUUGUCCGAAAAUAUUCAGUGUUCAUAAAAUCGCUUUUAAUGAGGCCGAAAGCGCGGCCGAGAAGGCAGACUUUGUUUUGAGGAGGUAUAGCGUUCUACAAUCGACUUUAAUGAACAAUGAACCAUUCGGGAAGCGGUAAACGCCAGGCGAAGGUUUUGGAAGAUAAUUUUUGGGACUGCAGCGUCUGCACUUAUAGGAAUACAGCGGAAGCAUUUAAGUGCCUCAUGUGUGACGUCCGCAAAGGAACCUCUACGCGGAAACCCCGCAUAAACCCCCAAUUGGUAGCUCAGCAGGUUGCGCAGCAACAAUAUGUGCCACUUUUGAAACCAGGCAAGAAGGAAGGUAGCAGCGGCGGCAGCACAACCAGCGGCGGCAAAGAAAAGGAGCGCAAACUGGACAAACCAAGGCGCAAGAACAGACACCCGCCGCGUCUCAAAAAUAUCGACCGUAGUACUGCGCAGUCGAACGAAGUGACAGUAAACAAUGUUACCGUUGUUAUCACGGAGUACAAGCCCAAAGUGAAGAAGGGCUCGGACCAGUCGGGCGUGUCCAGCAGCGCUAGCUCCGAGAACGGGAGCCAACACGACUCCAAUCAGGAUUCGAGAAGUCUGGACAUCGGCACCGACGCCUAGCUUAAUGCUAUAUAUAUGUUACAUAUGUGUACGAAUUAUUCUAAUUAAUAUAUUGUAUAAUGUAUGUCUCAAACCUCUUCAUGGUACCGCUGUACACAUCCUAUAGACAAAGGAAAAGAAGAAACGACUGUUUUGUCUAAUAUGCAUUGCAGAUUGCAUUACAUACGUAUAUAUAUAUAUAUAUAUAUAUAUAUAUAUAUAUAUAUA